AUGCCGGCGCUGCGAGAAAAAGAGCAUGACGGAGAAGGAGUCGACGCCGAAGAAGAGUCAGAGAACAUGGUUGUCGUCGAAGGAUUUACCGUGUAUCGGAAAUGUGAUAUUGUAGGGUUCACGGAUGUUGAUUCAGCAAUGAUUAAUGCUCUGAUUGAGAGAUGGCGGCCUGAGACUCACACAUUUCAUUUUUCGGUUGGUGAGUGUGCCGUGACCUUGGAGGAUGUGGUGAUAAUUCUUGGUCCGCCGACAAAUGGUCUUCCGGUUACAGGACCGACCAUGAGUAGUUUUGAGGCAUUGGAAGCCGAGUGCUUGCACCAAUUUGGAGUUACACCGAGGAAGACGGACUGUAGAGGGAGCUUUAUAAAAUUAACAUGGUUUAGGAGUUUGAAAGAUCGUAUAUUGUUGAAUGAUGAUGUGCACAUUCAGAUGUAUGUAAAGUGUCACAUAAUGUUGUUAUUUGGGACAAUUCUGUUUGGAGAUAAGUCAGGUGCAGCUGUGCAUUGA